AUGCCGCCGCAGGCGCAGUCCGUGGUGUGGUUCGCGAAAGAGUCCGCCAUGGGCACCACGCCUAACGCCACGGCACGGUCCGUCCUCAGCAUCCCCGCCGACGGCCAGCUCAAGCUCACCGACGGCAGCAUAGAGCUGUGGAGGGCCCCGACCCCCAGCAUGAAGCGUGGGUCCGUCCUCGUGCUAACAGACUCCGGCAACGUUCAGCUCCUCGGGGACGGCGACAACGUGCUCUGGGAGAGCUUUGGGUUCCCGACGGAUACCCUCCUUCCGGGCCAAUCUUUGGAGGGAUUUCUCUUCUCCAAGCGCGCAGACACGGAGUUCACCACGGGUCGGUUCAGCUUGGCAGCCCAGAGCGACGGUAACGUCGUCCUCUGCAUCGACCUCUUCACCGGUGACAUAUUGCAAAACGCCUACUGGGCCACAGCCACCAACGGCCCCUACGGCAACACGACCAUCACCUUCGACGAGUAUGGCCACCUAAGCUACACUCUACAUGACGGCAGCAUCAACAACUUGAUUUCGCCUCUCGCCACUGGAAGGAACUAUGUCCGGUUCGCCAGGAUGGACCCCGACGGCAUCGUCCGUGCCUACGCCCGUCCUAAACAUGGCGGCGUUGGCGGCCAGAACACGACUUGGUGCGGCGAGGAGAACAUCUCUGACAAGUUCUCACUUGUAGAGCUGCCAAACACCAUCUGGGAGCUCUCAAUAUACUACAAGAAGUUCCCAUCGGUCUCAGAGGAGCAGUGCCACGACUAUUGCCUCAAUGAUUGCUUUUGCGCGGCAGCGCUGAUGAUCAACGGAUCCGACUGUGUCGAGUUGGGGGCACUCGUGUAUGGGCGGCAGGGAAAUGAAGUCACAACGAAGGCGCUGAUCAAGGUGAGGAAGGGGAAUAAUACUUCUUACAGGCAGACACCGCCGUCAAAAACGAUGACGAUACUUGUAGGUCCAUAUAAGAUCGUCACCAUUUGCUUGGCCUUACUCUUAGUGAUCUCCCUCGGCGGCAGCCUCAUGGCAUUGUAUUACCUCACCAGGAACAGAGAUAGCCAAAGGUUGUUGAGCUCGAGCGUGAGAUCGUUUAGUUGCAAGGAGCUUUACCAAGCCACCAAUGGCUUCAAGAAACUGUUAGGCAAAGGGAGCUUUGGGGAGGUCUACAAAGGAAUGAUAAGAUCACCGCAGCCGUAUCUCAUUGCGGUGAAGAAGCUGAUCGACUCGAACGAGUACUGUGAGCAGGAGUUCACCAAUGAGGUGCAGUCCAUCGGUCAGAUCCACCAUCGAAACUUGGUUCGUAUGAUCGGCUACUGCAAGCAAGGUAAGCAUCGGAUGUUGGUUUUCGAGUUCAUGCCCGGAGGGUCUCUCCGUGGCUUCCUCUUCAACCCUGAGAGGCGACCACCUUGGCGCUGGCGCGCUGAGGCCGCCCUCGCCAUUGCUCGGGGACUUAAGUACCUCCACGACGGCUGCAUUGCCCCUAUCAUCCACUGCGACAUCAAGCCUGACAAUAUCCUAUUGGACGACUAUGGAAUCCCCAAGAUCACCGACUUUGGGAUCUCCAAAUUGUUGGGGAGCCAGCAGGUGCACACCACAGUGACCCAUGUCAGAGGUACCAGAGGGUACAUCGCGCAUGAGUGGCUCCGCGGCGAUGCACGCGUUGACACCAAGGCAGAUGUGUAUAGUUUCGGUGUCGUCCUACUGGAGAUGAUUUGCUGUCGGAGGUGUCAGGAGCCGGUGACUCCUGUGAUGCCACAAGGGCAGGGCAUGGAGAUCAAUGAAACGGUCACGUUGUUCGGUUGGGCGGCCCAACUGGUUGUCGCACGAAGGACAGAGCUAAUGCUACAUGGUGAUGCAGAUGUCAACACCGCCGAGGACAUGGAGAGAGUAGAGCGGUUCACCCGUGUGGCGCUCUGGUGCAUCGAGCCAAACCCGCUGCUGCGGCCGACCAUCCACCAAGUGGUGCAGAUACUGGAGACCAAUGAUGGGGUGAAGGUUCAGGCACUACCCGACCCUCCAGACUGUUACAUGGAAUCCUCGCCCUUAAUUCCUCAGCUCAGGAUGGAAUGA